CUUUUUUUUUUCUUAGCUACUAAACUUACACAUUGAUCCCAUUCAAAACAUCUUUUGAUUCUCUCUUUCUUUUUUUCCUUGGGUGCUCUUCUUCUGCUAAGCAUCUUUCCCUUUUCUUUUAACCCUUGUCUCUCUCUCACUACCUUUAUUCUUAGCGCCUUUGCUUUUGUUCCCUUGUCUCUUUUACUUUCCUUCUUCUCAAUUCUCAUUGGAAGUGAAAUUUAGCUUCUUUCCUUCUUCUUCCUUCCCAAUAUGUAUCUUCUCUUUCACUUCUCGUGAUUUAGGUUUUGGUUUAUCUUAUUUGAUCUCUAUCAUCCUCUCUCAAUUCCCAUGUGUUAGAAAGUGGGAUUGCUUUAGCUUUUUUUUUUCUGGGUUUUGUGUCUCCACUCUGUUCCCGGGAGAAAUUGUGUCUUUCCCGGGAAGUUGUUUCCUUUGAUUUCUGGGUUUGUGUGUUUCUGGAAACUGAAUCUAUAAUUCGACAUUGUGUUUGUUGUUUUGUGUGACUGAAAAGCAUAAAGUUUCAUUCUUUUUGAACUCUCAAUUUUGAUCUCCAUUGAUGGGGCUGUGUCAUGGUAAACCUAUCGAGGAGCACAAAUCGAAGAGCCUCCAAAUCUCCAAUGAAAUCGAAGAGACGACGACACCAAGGAAUUCAUCAUCUCAAAAGUCCAAAUCUUCAGGCUUUCCGUUUUAUAGUCCGAGUCCUUUACCUAGUCUCUUCAAAACCUCACCUGCUGUGUCCUCCUCCUCCUCGAGCGUGAGUUCCACGCCACUUCGUUUCUUCAAGCGGCCUUUCCCACCUCCGUCACCAGCUAAGCACAUACGGGCUCUUCUCGCGCGUCGUCACGGUUCCGUUAAGCCCAAUGAAGCUUCGAUCCCUGAAGGUAGUGAGUGUGAGGUUGGUCUUGACAAGAAAUUUGGAUUUUCCAAGCAGUUUGCUUCACACUAUGAGAUUGACGGUGAGGUGGGUAGAGGGCAUUUUGGGUAUACUUGCUCUGCUAAGGGGAGAAAAGGUAGCUUGAAAGGUCAAGAUGUGGCUGUCAAAGUUAUUCCCAAAUCAAAGAUGACAACGGCAAUUGCAAUCGAGGAUGUUAGAAGAGAAGUGAAGAUAUUGCGGGCUUUGACUGGUCACAAAAACCUAAUCCAGUUCUAUGAUGCUUUUGAAGAUGAUGAAAAUGUUUACAUUGUUAUGGAAUUAUGCCAAGGCGGUGAACUCUUGGACAAAAUACUUCAAAGGGGAGGUAAAUACUCAGAAGAAGAUGCUAAAAAAGUAAUGGUUCAGAUUCUUAGUGUAGUAGCUUACUGUCAUCUUCAAGGCGUGGUUCACCGUGACCUCAAACCCGAGAAUUUUCUCUUCGCUACAAAGGAUGAGUCUUCUCCUCUAAAAGCCAUUGAUUUUGGUCUCUCCGACUAUGUCAGGCCAGGUAAGAGAUUUGUAAGGUUCCUUCUUUUUGAAGCUUGUCGCAAUGGUAGAUGGAAAGCUGAUUGUUUUACUCUUUCUGCAGAUGAGAGGUUGAAUGACAUUGUCGGAAGUGCUUAUUAUGUAGCUCCUGAAGUUUUACACCGUACAUAUGGAACCGAGGCAGAUAUGUGGAGUAUUGGAGUGAUUGCUUACAUACUUCUCUGUGGUAGCCGUCCCUUUUGGGCCCGUUCUGAAUCUGGAAUCUUCCGAGCUGUUCUUAAAGCAGAACCCAAUUUUGAAGAAGCUCCUUGGCCAUCUCUUUCAGCUGACGCUGUAGAUUUUGUGAAACGUUUGUUAAACAAAGAUUACCGUAAGAGACUAACUGCUGCACAGGCUUUGUGCCAUCCUUGGCUGGUUGGCUCGCAUGAGUUGAAGAUACCAUCUGAUAUGAUAAUUUACAAGCUCGUAAAAGUAUACAUAAUGUCGUCUUCUUUGAGAAAGUCAGCUUUAGCGGCUCUUGCCAAAACGUUAACUGUAGCGCAGCUGACUUAUUUGCAAGAGCAGUUUAAUUUGUUGGGACCAAGCAAAAAUGGAUAUAUCUCGAUGCAGAAUUACAAAACAGCAAUCUUGAAGAGCUCGACAGAGGCUACGAAGGAUUCACGAGUCUUGGAUUUUGCACACAUGAUAAGUUGUCUUCAGUACAAGAAACUAGACUUUGAAGAGUUUUGCGCUUCAGCUUUAAGUGUUUAUCAGCUAGAAGCAAUGGAAACUUGGGAGCAACAUGCACGCCGUGCAUAUGAAUUGUUUGAGAAGGAUGGGAACAGAGUCAUCAUGAUCGAAGAACUUGCUUCGGAACUCGGACUCGGUCCAUCAGUACCUGUUCAGGUUGUUCUUCAGGAUUGGAUAAGGCAUUCUGAUGGGAAGCUAAGUUUCUUGGGUUUUGUCAGACUCUUACACGGCGUAUCCUCUCGGACGUUGCAGAAAGCCGCGUAGAGAAGCUUCUUUCUUUCACCUAUACAAUUAGUUCCCGUUGGAUCUAAAAAGGACCUGCCUUUAGGACAGUAACCUUACACCAAGUCCAAAAUGAUUAAUGACCUUACGGUAACCCAACCCGAGCGAAACUCAGUGAUCAAACACGACUGUUGCAAAGCUACCACAUUUGUCAGAUGAAGUUGCAUCCUCUUCCUCUUGUUAGUCCUAUAUUUUUUUCUUUGUUUCGGUUAAGAUUUGAGUCUUUUAAGAUAUAAGAAUGGUGUUGAUUGAGAUAAAGAGGAUUGUACAAAAGAAAAAAAACAAUUCCAUAACUCCUCUAAAGUGUUUCCUUUUCUACUUCAUUGUUCUAGUUUUUAAUAAGAACACACCUCA